AUGGCCUCUGCUCUUCGGGGGGUGCGGACGGCUCAGAAGCUGCCUCUGAGCCAGAGCCAGAAGGCGGUGGCGGCGGGGGAGCCAUGUCUCUACAACAACUCUCCACAGGAAACCAUCGAAGCGGUCUACUCUAGUCGACCAGACUUGAAGGAACAACCACUGGAGGAUGCUGAGGACACAUGGUAUACAGACGGCAGCAGCUUCAUCAAAAAUGGCCAGCGCAAAGCAGGGUACGCAGUGACCACUACGAGCGCUCACCUCACGCCGUUGAAGAACGACCGCUCCCGAGUAAUGGCUGUCGUUACACAACAGCACAGGCUGUGUGCCCAGCCAAGGACAGCGGGAUGCGCUGAUAAAAUUAGAAGUAACAGCAGAGCUAGCAAGUGCCGUGGGCUCCGCACCGCUCGGAAACUCCGCAGCCACCGUCGCGAUCAGAAGUGGCACGACAAGCAGUAUAAGAAGGCCCACUUGGGCACUGCGCUGAAGGCCAACCCCUUCGGCGGCGCUUCUCACGCCAAGGGAAUUGUUCUGGAAAAAGUUGGAGUAGAAGCUAAGCAGCCUAACUCUGCCAUCAGGAAAUGUGUAAGAGUCCAGCUGAUCAAGAAUGGCAAAAAAAUAACAGCUUUUGUUCCCAAUGAUGGUUGCCUGAACUUCAUUGAGGAAAACGAUGAAGUUCUGGUUGCUGGUUUUGGUCGGAAGGGUCAUGCUGUUGGUGACAUUCCUGGAGUUCGCUUCAAGGUUGUCAAAGUAGCCAAUGUUUCUCUGUUGGCCUUAUACAAGGGCAAGAAGGAGAGACCAAGAUCAUAA